ACUCUCCAUCUCUAUUUCUCACAUUUACCGCGAUUUACAGCCGGCCACGCUCUGUCUCCAUUCCUCCUUCGACCUUCUCCAUAAAGAAUUAUUCAAACUCCACAUCGAUUGCGAAAAAUUGGUUAUAACUGCAAUGGCAACUGAACAGACUCCAACUGAGAAUCCCUCAUCCAUAGCUUCUACCCCAGCUGCAGCUUCAUGCCGGAAGAAGAAGAGCGAAAGUGGAACUUUCCUAGAAGAUGUGAAAGAUCACAUUGAUGAAUUCAUCCAUGCUUCAAUGGACGAACACAAAACUUGCUUCCAAAAGACAAUCAAGAAGAUGUUCGGGAUGUCAAAAGCUGUUGCAGAGAAGAACUCUGAGGCCAAGGAAAUUGAAAGUUCUUUGGCUCUUCGAACGACUGUUGCUGAGUAAGGUGUAUUCUGCCCUGCUUUGACAUGAACUUAAUGGAUAUAUUUAGUUGUUGUCAAAAUGUUUUAGAUAUGUGGAAUAAGUCAUCUUUGAGACUGAUACUUGGAAGUUGUUAUUAAACGUGUAUGCUAAUAAAGUUGAACUUAACGUGAA